AUGGUCUUCAUCUUCGGCAAUAACUUCCUCGACACAACCCUCGUCACCCGCUCUCUUACGAAGUUCUACGGCAUCGGCCCCAAAGUCUGCUCGCAACUCAUGGCCAAGUUCCACAUCCACAAGACCGCCAGAGUAGGAGGCUUGAAGGUGUCGCAGAUCGACAGCUUGUCCGACGAACUAUCGACGAUGGUAUUGGAGAAUGACCUGCGGCGACAGUUGCAAGAUAAUAUCAAGAGAUUGCGAGAAAUGGGUACUUAUAGGGGACGACGACAUGCUACGAGUCUGCCUGUGAGAGGACAGAGGACGAGGAGUCAGAUUAUGACGGCGAGGAGAUUGAAUAGGGUAGAGAGGAGAGGGUAG